GAAGUUGGUGUUUAAUAUCUGGUUCAAACUCAAACAGAAAUUGUGUUUAUUCAACUUGAAACAAACAGAUAAAAAUUAAAUGGUAUUGUUAUACGCGUGGGUUUGAACAAAAACUCUUUAUAAAUUCAAUACUUGAUUGCUGUGAAGCAUUAAGUGACAUAUUUUAAGGGUAUCAUUAUAAACAUUACCUUUAGUUGGCCUGUUUAUCAUUCAGCCCUGGUCAUUGCAUGGUUUAGAAGGGAAACUAGAGAUACGAUUUCACCACAUGCAGAAUCUUUUGCGAAGUAAUAUUAGCGCUGGCACUAACCUAGUUCGCGCGGCUUUCUCGGAAGAAUCAAGUCUAGUCUGAAGGACAAUUUAUAUCAAUCGUUAAAGCUAGCCAGCUGCGGUGUGGAGCCGGGUUUUACAACUGGAGUCGAGCAAGGAAAUGAUUGAGAUGUCCGCAACUCCCUCAAAUGGUAACCAAAAAGAAAAACAUUUGGAAAUCGCAGAAGAUAAUGGAAAAGUUAUGGUGGGAACGCUCGAGAGUCAAGGUGACUCGCUUGGUAGCGGGAUGCCAGCAGAGAGAUCAAGAUCUAUGAUCAGUGUCACACUACACAACAUCAAAGAACACGUCAUGAACACGAAACCGAAGAAAAAACGACUUUUAGGAAAGCGAGGUGCGCUGAAAGUGAAAGCAUUCAACACAGACAAAGGUGGUCUGUAUUUCUCAGAUCUCUUCACGACUCUAGUCGAUGCAGAUUGGCGAUGGAUCAUUGCCGUAUUUGCUUCGUCGUUUGUUGGAUCUUGGUUUAUUUUUGGUCUGCUUUGGUUCGCUGUGGCUAAAUCUAGAGACCCGUUUCAAUGUUUGGAUAACGUGGACUCUUUUCCGAGCGCGUUGUUGCUAUCGAUCGAGACACAAACGACGAUAGGUUAUGGUGGCCGAGCGGUAACUCCCAGUUGUCCAGAUGCGAUAAUAAUCUUAAUAGCUCAAUCUUUGAUAGGUCUUUUGAUGUCCGCCUUUCUUCUCGGCUUGGUUUUCACCAAACUAGCGAGACCAUCGCGCAGGGCGGAUACGCUACUCUUUAGUAAGAACUCCGUCGUAGCACCACGAGAUGGAAAGCUCUGCCUGCUCUUCAGAGUCGGAGAUAUUCGCGAGAGCCGAAUCCUUGCCGCUGACAUCCGAGUGCAGCUAUUUCGCACGCGGCGAACGGCCGAGGGCCAAGACAUUCCCUUCUAUCAACAGGACUUGAAAUGCGGUAUAGACUGGAGUGAUAAGGGCUCGGGGAAUAAUAGUCUGUUUCUGAUUUUACCCUUGACUAUAGUCCAUGUUAUUGACGAAGAUAGUCCGUUUUACGAGAUGGGACCCGAGGAUUUUGACGCGUCAGCAGAUUUCGAGGUGGUUGCUAUCUUAUCAGGGACGAUUGAGUCUACCAGCAUGCUUGUUGAAGCGCGUACUUCGUAUUUAGGGGAUGAAAUAUUUUGGGGACGUGAUUUCGCAGAGGUUUUGAGCGACAAGUGUUGGGACCCGCAGCAAGGGAAGUAUUUGGUAAAUUUUGGGCUGUUCAACGCGACAGUACCAGUGCAGUUGCCUCUAGUUUGUGCGAAGGAGUUUUAUAGAAAGAACCAUGAAGAUGACGAGGUGAAGAAUAUCAUAAGAAAUGCAAGAACGGCCAGCAGACGAAUCUUAUCAAGAGGAUCGUCACAAGAAGGACUAGUAAAAAGAUACACUGAGCUCUGGAAGAGAAAGUAUACAGUUAUCCAGGAAGAUAAUCUUGCACCAAGCAGGCAGCAUGAUCAUCAACUAUAAAACAACGAACAGCGCACACUUGUAGAAAGGCUAUUUAUUAUAUUUCGUAUAGUCGGGACAAUAAACGAGAUGAGAUGGAAACUCUUUUUAUUUACAUCGAUAUCAGAUAUUUUUAAUAAAACGAAUCGCACAG